AUGUCAGACAAGCGGAGAGCAGAGAUCGAGGCUAAACGUGCAAAACUCGCUGAGCUUCGGAAAGCCAGGGCAGACCGUCAACGAGCAGAAACCGAGCGACGGCAGCAGAACGGAGCCCGCCGCGACGUUGAUGACCUCGUCAACCAACUCGUCGGGAGCCGCAGUGGCCUAGACACAGGCGGGGACAUCACCCCUUCCUCAUCCCUCCCCAACACUCCACCCCGACCCGAUGUCGGAAGCGAUAAAGAUAGAGUGAGUAUGGGUACGACUAUGGUGGGGAUGAUGGAGCAUGUCGAUAGGGUGUUGACCCCGAGGUUCAUACCAGACCUUAUAGAUGUCGAGCAGGAGCUGUUCGAGCUUCCGCAACGCGAACGCGUCAUCUACAACAAAGAAGUGCAAACGACAGCCAUAGAAACUGAAACGCCCCGAGUAUCAGAGGAUGAGAUACGACAACAGAUCAUGCUCGAACGGGAGUUGGAGGCGGAGAGGAUUGCCCAGGACAAGGAGCUUGAGGAGAAGUUUCCUGGACUUUGUGGAACAAUCGUCAAGAUCGUACAGCGCGCGUUGAACGAUGGAUAUGAUUACAUUCGUGAUUAUACUAUAGGCACGGAGGCAAAUGGGGAUGACUCGGAGGGAAAGCGCGUCAAGCGUAUUUGUGCAUUCUAUGAUGAACGCUACGGCAAGAAUCGAUCGAUUACAGAUAUUGAUUGGUCGCCCAAGUACCCGGAGUUGAGCGUAGCGUCGUAUAACAAGAACCCUGCUGCAUUGAACGAGCCGGAUGGGAUUGUUGCAGUAUGGAACCUUCACCUACUCGACAGACCCGAGUUUGUGUUCCAUUCACAGUCUGAUGUCCUCUCUGUCACAUUUUCCCCGUUCCAUUCAAACUUGGUGUUUGGUGGCACGUACUCGGGGCAGAUUCUACUGUGGGAUACGCGAUCGAAACACCUACCUGUGCUCAAGACACCCCUCUCAGCUGCUGGACAUACACACCCUGUGUACGCGAUGCAAAUGGUGGGCACUCAGAACGCACACAACUUGAUCACUAGCAGCACAGAUGGCACCGUGUGUAGUUGGCUUGUUGACAUGCUCGCCCAACCACAAGAAACUCUAGAGCUUAUUCACGCAGGCCACAAUAAAACAGGCGAAGUGGCCAUCACAACACUAGACUUCCCGGACAAUGAAACGACCACGUUUUGGGUCGGCACCGAAGAAGGCAAUGUCUAUCAAGCCAACCGGUACGACCGCGCGGGUGCAAAAGCCGGAUUAAAUCAGUAUGAUAUUUAUAAGGGACACGCGGGGCCUGUCAUGGGGCUGCAUUUCCAUCCUCUUGUGGGACCUGUAGACUUCUCCGAUCUAUUCCUGACGGCAAGUGUGGAUUGGACGGCGGAUGAUUAUGUGUAUGAUGUGAAGUGGCAUCCAGCGCAUCCUGCACUGUUUGGAACGGUUGAUGGGUCUGGGAGAUUUGAUGUUUGGAAUCUGAAUACGGAUACGGAAGUACCAAUCGUCUCCACGAAUGUCGGGUCCGGUCGAGCUAUUAACAAGUUGCAAUGGGACAGAAACGGACGGCGGGCCGCACUCGGAGGGAGCGACGGGAAGUUGUAUGUCUAUGAUAUCGGUGACAUGGCGCUUCCACGUGAAUCUGAGUGGACGGAUCUCCAGAAGACGGUGGCGGGUUUUAUUGGGGGUUCACAGGGAAACGGAGUGGUAGACGGAGAUGCUACGCGGAUCGUUGCUGGGCGGUGA